AUGUCCGACCUCCCACCGAGAGGUCGGGGCGCGAGGCCCCCUGGGGCGGUUCCUAGGAGCCGUCGUGGGGGGGACUCGGGCUCCGCACCACCAGCAAUACCACCAUCGGUCGCUGGCUCAUCGUCCUUUGGCGGUGAUGCCUCGCCAAUCUCGCCAGACCCUACCUCGACUAGGGCCACAUACUCAACGUUGUGCCAGCUCGAUCUCGCCACACAUGAGUCUGACUCAGGGACGGCCCACCCCCAGGAAAUGGAGGUAGAGGGCACCCAGGGAGGGGAGGAGGUCUUGAGGGACCCCUCUGUUGACCUACUUUUAGGUCAAUACACCUUGAAGUUCCAAGACACAGUCGAGGAUCUUCCUGGCGAUCUCGAGGUAUUGACCACCUCCAUUGCAAAGGCCACAGACUGGGUUCUGCGGGCGGCGCACCACAAUCCACUCACCAUCGAUGGGGGCGAUGCCUUCGUGGCCCAGAUGACGUCCUUUGUGAACGCUGUCAUGGCCACUGACUUUAGUCAUAUUUGCGGGCCAGGCGAACUCGACAACUUCUCACUCGCCUCUCUUCUCGAGGCUGAGACGUCUUCCAAGGACGAGCCGACCAUCCACCCGGCUCCCGUUUUCAGGCCUCCUCCUCCUGCUGCCCAUGGGCCGCUCGAUGAGGGUGUCGCUGGCAUAGGAGCCCCGCCCGAUGUCCUCAUGCAGGCAUUAGACGACCUUGGUCGUCCGGCCUCCCCUUCUCGCAUCCCCGCUUCCAAGAAGCGUAAGGGUGUCGAUCGUCCGGUCCCACCUCCUCCUCAGAAGAAGAGCAAGGCCGCUCUGAUGCCUCCCCCGCCUCCUGGCUUGGGACCGCAACGUCGCGGGCCUUCUCCUCCCCCCGCAUUCCCAACGGGUCUGAUGAAGACUUCACCUCAUCGGUCCGUUCCUUCUUUUACUUCCGAGGGCCCCACCCAGAAGCAGGUUCUUGUGUCGUUCAGGGGUACUCCUCCCGACCUCACGAAGUUCUUCACCGAGUCGGCUGUCCGCGCAGCCAACGGGUACCUCAGGGAUGGUCGAUCUAUGCUUAAGGUCACCUCCAUCGUCCGUGCAUACGACGGUUUGUCAUUGGUCACUCCUGCUGUUGCCAGUCCGUCCGAUCUGGACAUCCUGUGCAACUUUAUUCACAAAAGCCUCCCAACGGGUACCCCGUUCGAGGUCGCGCUUCCCUCAUUGACAUCUUUCAUAAAGAUCCUCGAUGUUCCCUACUUCGACCCAAAAGGGUUGAAGAUCACCCAGGAGGCACUUGAAAAGGCCCUCCGUACCUCGGUUCAUGCUGAGGUUUUCGCAUAUCUGAGCACCAAGCCUCGGAUCGACCGCAACUCGGCGCACUCGACAUCGUGCACCAUGUAUUGCAACAUCUGGGACUCCCAGCAGGGAACCCGCCUGCUGCACGACAUACCGGGGUCCCGCUCUGCCAGCGCUGCUGGAAAUGGGGCCACCCCACCGUCGCCUGCAAGGCGAAACAACUCUCCUGCCCCAUCUGCUCGGGUCCGCACGAACAGAAAGGAGCACCGUCAACAUGCGGGAUGUUGCAAGGGCAACGCAAAAGUGAAACCCCCUGUGCCGCCCACCCCUCGCGACCAGCCUUGCCCCCACAAGGGCCGCUGUGUCAACUGCCAUAAGGACCACACCGCCAACUCGGCUUCAUGCAAGUUCUGGGCCCAUCGCUACAACCGUGAGUGGAUCAUGGCCGAGUAUCAUCAGACUAAUGUUGGGAAACCUUCAGGAUCUAAGUAUAUGGAGGGCGAUGAGGUUAUCGGUGCACCAAAGCAUCCCGACUGGCUGCAGAUGGUGCGCAUUAAGGAAGGGGAAGUUCCCUGUGUGAUCGCCUACGUUUCGACUAGGCUAUCCCGCUAUUGUCCCGCUAUGCGUCGCGACAUCGUCGACCAUCGUGACAUCCUCGUCCUCUCCCUCUUUAGCGGGGGUGAGGUUCUUAAUCUGAUGGACGUCUACUCUGACGAUCAACACACAGCCAUUGAGCACCUCGCUGCUCGUGUGCACUCUCUUCCGCCUUUCAUUUAUAUGGCAGGUGACUUCAACUGCGUGUCAACGACUUGGGAUGACUAUGAGCAUGGCGAGUCAUUGACAGCAAUAUCCUUGCGGGACACCGCAUCUCAGAUCGGCCUCGAGUGGGCACGACCUUCUAACCAUGGACCAACGAGGAUCAGUCCUAAUCCAAACCAGAGAUCCAAUGUCUUGGAUCUUGUAUUCUUAGCUCCAUCUGAGAUUCUAAUCUCGAUGCCCAGAUUGGAGCAUGAUCUCCAGGGUCCGUCAGAUCAUGUCCCAAUCUGUACAGAUCUUGAUAUCAGUCCCGAACCACCCGGAUCUGGGCGACGGACAAUUAAACCCGGAAGCGAGGCUGAGAAGUCCUUCAUUUCGGAUAUUCUCCGGGAUCUUGCGGCUAUUCCUGUCGCAGCCCCGGCAACCAAGGAAGGCGUUGAAGCUUUAGCCGAUGCUAUUGCGACAGUGUUCUCGGACGCAUGGCUUGCCCACUCGACCGAGUCCAAACCUACCAAACGCUCCAGGUCCUGGUGGACGGAUGAGUGCUCGGAGACAUUCGUAGUAUAUCAGUUAAGCCGUUCGCUCGCUGAUUACAACAAGUUUAAGAAGGUAUGUAAAGAUGCCAAGCGGGAUUUCUUUGAUGAACGCAUCGCAGAAAUCGCUACCUCUCGCAAGCAUCCGUGGGACCUGAUGGAGUGGGUCAAACAACGCAAGCUACCACCCUGUGAGGCUAUUCGCAAUGGCGACCAGCCUUGCCAUGAUAUGGACGACCUGUGGGACGCCCUUCACAGCAUGUACAACUCGGCCUCUGGUCGCGAGUACGAUGCCUCAGUCUUAGACGAGCUUCCCGACGAGCCGGUCCGUGAGUGGGCUGACUUCUCGGAGCAUGAGUUGUUGAGUGCCCUUAAGGGGUGCUCCAACUCCUCUGCACCAGGACCGGACCACGUUACAUGGGUCCACCUAAAGGAGUUGCUCAAGGAUAAACACGUCCUUGUGCUCUUCAUCGUGCUGGCCAACGCCUGCCUUCAGGUGGGUCAUUGGCUGCGUAUAUUCAAGGAGUCGCUAUCGGUUAUCGUUCCGAAGCCGAACAAGCCCUCCUAUGCUGUGCCAAAGGCUUUCCAGCCGAUCGUACUCCUCAUCACUUUCGGUAAACUUAUCAAAAAGAUGAUUGCCAAUAGGAUACAGUUUGACGCAGUCAAGCAUGAUAUCUUCCAUCCCAACCAACUUGGCGGUAUCUGCCAGAGGUCCACCGAGGAUGCUGGAUUGAUCCUGACUCAUCUCGUGCGAGCGGGGUGGGUUAAGGGUCUCCAGACUAGCCCGCUGGCUUUUGACAUCACACAGUUCUUCCCUUCUAUCAACCAUGAAAUGUUCAUGGCUGUACUUCGCAAGCAAGGGUUCUCGCCGGUUCUGGUGGAGUUCUUUGCCUCCUAUCUGGUAGGACGCUCCACAGUUUACUGUUGGAACACCUUCCAAUCCGACUCACGGUCUGCGGACGUGGGUGUCAGGCAGGGCUCUGCUCUCUCGCCUGUUAUCUCUGGGCUGUUCAUUGCUCCGGUAAUGAAGCUCUUCUACAUCAAGGCGGCGCCACUUAACAUGACGCUGCUUUCCUUUGUGGAUGAUGGGACCAUUCUGGCCCAGUCCAAACAACUUGAUGAUAAUAAUGUGGGCCUGCGUAAGGCCUACAAAAUUAUCUACCUGCUCUUUGUUGCUUUUGCGCUCGUUCUUGAACAUGACAAGACCGAGCUGUUCCACUUUUCGCGUCGACGAGAUGCCUACAAUCCCUCGCUGGAUCUGGGGUAUGCCCCACAUACUGGUGCUACACCUUUGAAGCCCAAGACCUAUUGGAGGUACUUGGGAUUCUACUUUGACUGUGGGCUCACAUUUCAUGAGCACGUUCGCUACUAUGCCACUAAGGCGUUCACCACCGUGCAAGCCAUGCGCAUGCUCGGGAACUCUACUAGAGGUCUCUUGCCUAAACAGCGCUGA